UUGAUGGAAAAUUACACCUACAACAGCUUGACACUCCAGCUUGAGGGAUUAAAUGUCUCCAAGAAGUGGAUCUAUCCUGUUUUUCUCUCAAUCCUUUUCUCCUACCUGUUUAUAAUGGUCACAAAUGUGGGCAUUGCUGCUCUAGUUUUCAUUGACAAGAACCUUCACCAGCCUAUGUAUCUCCUUUUUUGCAACCUGCCAAUCAAUGACAUACUUGGAAACUCUAUCUUGUUGCCUCGUUUGCUUGUAGAUAUUCUGCUGCCUCCCUCUGAGCGCCUCAUUAGUUAUUAUGAAUGUGUGGUUCAAGCUUUUACCACACACAUGUUUGGUACUACUUCACACACUGUGCUCAUGAUUAUGGCUUUUGACAGGUAUGUGGCCAUCUGUAAGCCCCUGCACUAUACUGCCAUAAUGACCAACAAGAUGGUGAUGAAGCUGACAGUUUCUGCCUGGGGAGUGGCCUUUGUUUUGGUUGGAAUACUACUCGGUCUGACCAUACGGCUGAACCGAUGCAGGUCUAUAAUUAUGAAUCCUUACUGUGACAAUGCCUCAUUGUUUAAGCUCUCAUGUGACAGUGUGUUUAUUAAUAAUGUCUAUGGCAUCACUUUCACUGUGGUCCUGUUAACAUCUUCUAUAGGCACCAUGGUUCUCACCUAUACUAACAUUACAGUAGUCUGUCUGACCAGUAAAAACAAGUCUUUGAACAGUAAAGCCUUGAGGACCUGUAGCACUCAUCUGGUUGUUUAUCUGAUUAUGGUGUUCAAUGGAAUGUCUAUCAUUACUCUUCAUCGCUUCCCUCAUUAUUCAGACUACAGAAAACUCUGUACCAUUUUAUUUCACAUCAUUCCUUGCAGCAUUAACCCUAUAAUUUAUGGUGUGCAGUCAAAAGAGAUAAAGAAGUUCUUUUCAAAGUCGUUUAAGUCCAAAAAGACAUUACCAUCAUUCUAA